AUGUCGCCGUUGAAUUUGUCAUUAACCCUAACACCUAGAUUGUCAAACACUACGAGGGCGUCCAAUUCAAUCAUUGAUUUCACUCGCGAAGAUUUUCAAUACGAAGGGGAGGUUGACACGGCGAUUGCACUUCCGCAGGGAGUCACGACGGCCGGCUCAAUCGAGUGGUUAUACGAACUCAAACUGCUACACAAAAUUUCUUUUCUUAAACCGGACCCUACGAAGACUGUCUUUGUCUAUAGUCGUCUGGGCAAUGUCAAAGUUACUUUCCAAUGGGAGAUAGAUCGUGGUUACAUCCUCACUUAUGGAGAAUGCAGAAAAGCAAUUGAAAUUCUGAUGGCUUAUUUGAACGAAAACGCACAUAUCAACGGUCACCCUAUUGAUGUCACGGUAAGUGGCUACGACACCCAUAUUAGUACUGAAGGCAAGCUUGAGUUCUAUGGCAUUUCAUUUCCUGGAAGGGAUCUUCAGCAGUCUGCUGUCAAAGCUAUAUUGCAAGACUUGAAAUAUGAAUUUGAUCGGAUGACUGAACACGGCCACCCUCCAGCCGUGGUUCAUGACCCUACAUUUGUGGACCAUAGUUUGAUGGGAAUCUCCGUAGAUGUCGACAUCUCGAAAUCUCCUGUCGAUCCAUUUCCGCAAUUCAAUUAUCAAGACUUGGCCGAUUUGAUGGUCGCGAUUGAAGGUUUCUACCAGAAUCGUGGAAGAGGUUUCCCGCUUUACGGCGACAUUACUUACAAGGGAGACGAGCGAGUCGACGUUGGGGCUCUGAUGAUUGAUGAAAGCAACCCUGAUCAAGCUGUGUCAGAUACACUGGCAAAUGGUACUGUAGCAACAUCCUGA